GCGUCUCUUGCUCCCUAGUAUCAGGGAUGCUUCACCCUCUUUCGGGUACUAUUAGUACGACUAUACUCAUCUAACGGCGUCACCAUCUACACACCCACCCCGCGUCUUAUCGCACGAUGGACGGACUUACUAACGAACAAACUAGGAUAAGGGAUAAGAAGGAUACGAAGUUUGACGUCGACGAUGCAUGCUGUUUAAAGUCCAAUCCUGCUUUGGUGGGACAUGUCUGCAGAAUUGACCAUGAUGCUGAUGACGAUGAACCCCUGAGCCUGAAUGAAUGCUUAAUUCUGUCUUAUACCCCCGUUCCACAGAAGGACUUGGAGCAAUUCCUGGAAACUGGAGUACCUCCCAAGGGGUAUGCUUUUGUUAGCUUCACAGAGCCCUCACAGGGAAACUCGCUCAUACAUGAGAACGACCUUGAACUACUCGACCGCACUUUCGAUCUUGGCGACACUGUCAAGCGGCACCCAGAUGAUACGAUCAGUGGUACGGUUAUCAGUACUUCUGCAACAUGUAGCCUUGAGCCUAUCGCUUAUCGAGCACUCGACCCCGAGACUGGAGAGUAUGGCUCUCUGAACUUCAGCGAAAAGGUCAUCAAGCGUGAAGGCAGCCUAGCAACUGAGAACGAUGCCACAGAACCUCCGCUUCUGCACGGCAUCCCAGCAGUAGAACUAAAGAAAUACGAAGAAUUUUCCGAAGGCGAUUAUAUCGUCUACCGGCAGAAGCUCGGAAUAAUCCAUGCUAUUGAUCGUGAUGCAAUACUACUCCUCCCAAAUCAAAGUGUGGUAUCUCCCCUCGAUCCGAGUGCCCUGGAGGUUCCGUUUUCAUUCGGAGCCGAAAGUCUCGUCACAUUACCCAGCAACAUGAGUGCUACGCGACAUUACUCCUCGGUCAAUGGUGGAACGAUUUGGUCCACGGAAUCAAGUUUCUUGUUUCCUGGUCAAUUUUCCUUUACGUCCAGGAACAAUCUGAGCAGAGGCGACUUGUUUUCUAGUGCAGCCUCAAUAUCACAGCCAGAGGGCUAUAUCCUAGCCACGCCAGCCAUGGAUAUUCAAGUCGACUGGCUCUGUCCAAAUGUUUUUGCCGUAGGCACAUCCCAUAGUGGCGCAAACAUCGAGGUACUAAGAGCAUCUACUCUCCGCGGAAACGCAAUGGUAUGCGAUUUCGGGCAAGUUUCCCGGGGAAACCCCGAUAAAAAGCCUGUUCAUUCAGAUUCCUGGCUUAAUAUCGGGGACAGGGUGCGUUUCCGGGAUUCAAUAUCUGCAGCUGCAAAAUAUCCAGCAUAUCAGCAUCUGCCCGCUGACCAAACUUUUGGCCAAGAUAUAAACAUCCUCCGCGUUACUUCCAUAAAAACUGAGAUCACUAUUCAGUGGCAAGAUGGGACUAUCACCACCGAAGCAGCCACUUCUCUGCACAAAUUCCUUGGCUUUGAGGAUGAAGUCUGGCCUGGAAAUUUAGUUGUCUUGAAAGAUGGUAUUGAGACUAUCCGGGAACCCUGCAAGAACAAUACGGGGCCCCUCGGGCGCCAUAUGAGGGAAACAUUGCAUGUUAGGAGAGUCGGGGUUGUUCAAAAUGUGGACAGCCGGGAAAGGAUAGCAUCGGUCCGCUGGUAUAAGGAUCCAGAUGUCAAAAUGACACAUCGGGGAAACAUGUUAGUGCCUGGAUCCUUCCUAGGUGAACUUAGUGAUGCCGUUACAGAAGUCUCCAUCUAUGAGCUUUACCCAUAUCCUAGCAUACAAAGGACACUAAAUGACCUAGUACUUCUGGCACCCGGGAUAAUUCACCGAUCAUCAAUCCCGGCAAUUGACAAUGAGCCGACUAGAGCCGCUGGCCCUUGUCGGCUGAGCUCGCUGUCCCCUGUCUCCUUCUCUCAGACGCUUUCAUACCUUGAGUCCAUGAAGUUAUCCAUGGUGAACUCUGAGUGGUUCAAAGGGACUACUGAGAUCGACACGUCACCUGUCCCUUCCAAAUACAGCGUACAUCACGAAGAAUUCAACAUCAAAUCACCAACGAACUUCAUUGGCAAAAUCAUUUCGAUAGAUACUGAGGGCACCAUCACCAUUCGUACUGUAGGCGCCGACAAUGUUCGUGAUAUUCGCGUGCCAUGGGAGAGAAUCAUGAUGAUAAUUGAUGAGGAUAACAUAAUUCCGCCUGUGCCACUCCCGCCAUUCGAACUGCUUAGCCUCGCGGAUAUCGAUCGUUUCGUACAACCAGACGACCUCCCAUUCACUGAGACAAUUGAAUAUGAGGGCGGCGAGCGUCUUGAUAAUGAUAGUGGGGAUGAUGACUGGGCAACUGAAGGCGAAUCCGAGCUUGACGAUGAGGACUUUGAGGACGUGGAAAACGAUAGCGAUGAUAGCGAUGGGCUCACGGCCCCCGCCUUGUCAAUUAUCAAUCCUCCUGAGAGGCUUGACCAUGAUGAGCGGGAGCAGCCUGGUACUGAUGAGACAGGGGCUGAAAAUAGAUCACCUAUACUCUCAUUAGCCCUGCCAUCGUCAUGUCCUCCAGGUUUCUCUAUGUUAGAAAGCUCGCCCCCUUCUGACCACCAUUUCUUUUCUACGGUUCCAAGUGAAGCUCCUGGAUUGCGUAUCAAGCGUAUACAAAAAGAAUUUGAAAUCCUUCAGUCAUCCUUACCAACUGGAAUUUUCGUGCGGACUUGGGAGUCUAGGAUGGACCUAUUACGGGUUCUGAUAAUCGGGCCUCAAGGAACACCAUAUGAGCAUGCGCCGUUCGUGAUUGACUUUUAUUUCCCUGAUGAGUUUCCUACUCGUCCUCCAGCAGCCUAUUUCCACUCGUGGACUGACAGAAAUGGGAUGAUCAAUCCGAACCUGGGAGAAAAUGGAAAUAUCUGCUUAAGUCUCCUAGGAACUUGGCCUGGGAAGAAUCCCACGGAGAGUUGGUCUCCCACCAACUCGACGGUCUUGCAGAUAUUGGUUUCAAUCAUGGGUCUCGUGUUGGUAAAAAUGCCAUUCUACAAUGAGGCUGGCUACGAAACACUUGCUGCGGAAGAAUACCGGCGCGUCGAGUCGACCCAAUACACGGAGAAAGCCUUCCUGAUAACUCGAACAUUUAUUAAACAUGCCCUUGCAAACCCUAUCGCUGGCUUAGAAGAUGUUCUAGCCUGGCAUUAUUUCACAGACCCCCAGCAGACCCACAACGAUACUUGCAUCCGCCCACAACUGCUGCGCCGGGCUAUUGACGAAGCUCUUAACAUGAUUGAGCAUCACAACCGCACACCGGCAGGUGUGAAGUUGAGUGAGGAGCACGCGGCAUCUGCCUUCGUGUCUCGUCUCAGCCUGGGGGCAGUUGUAAUGUUACGAAAGCAUGUCACUACACUGGAGAAGAUUGAAUUAGCUGCGAACUCUCUUGAGAGAGUCUAAGCUUCUUUGAUCCCCAGUCUAUCUGAUCUGUGCUGUUUUAGGGUCGUAAGUAUCAGUAUUAGCUGGUCUCUCGCAUUCUUAUCAACACCGUAGCUGUCGCUUGAACUUUGGGUAGGAGAUAGGAAACGAAAUGAACGUUACUGGGAUAUGACUGGUAUUCUAAUUCCAUGUGCCGUUA